AUGGCACUGAAACUCUCCAGCAUGCUUGCUGUGGCUUUGGCCGGAUGCCGGCUUGCCACGGCGCAAAACCCCGACGACACCGCAGAGGUUCACCCGAAACUCACCACCUACAAGUGCACGAAGGCAGGAGGGUGCAUCGCACAGGAUACAUCGGUUGUUAUUGAUUGGAACUACCACUGGUUCCAUACAGCUGACUGGUUAUCCUGUACAACAUCGGAUGGGAAAGUUAACUCGACGCUCUGCCCAGAUGAAGCCACCUGUGCCAAGAAUUGCUUCGUGCAGGGCGACACAAAUUACACUGGGAAUGGUGUCACCACUUCUGGAGACACUCUUACCAUGUACCAGUACACAGAGCAGAGCGACGGCACGUACCAGAACGCUUCUCCGCGUCUAUACCUCCUAGCCUCUGACGGCAACUAUGAGAUGCUUCAGUUGAACGGAAAGGAAUUGACAUUCACUGUUGAUCUCUCGCAGCUGCCCUGUGGUGAGAACGGUGCGUUGUAUCUUGGCGAAAUGGACAAGACCGGAGGCCGCAGCGAGUACAACCAAGGCGGUGCCAACUAUGGAGGCGGCUACUGCGAUGCGCAGUGCCCAGUACAGAACUGGAAGAACGGAACUCUCAACACGAGUGGUGCUAGCUACUGUUGUAAUGAGAUGGACAGGUACAAGUCGUACUACGGUCCAGGCGGUACUGUCGACACCACUAAGCCGUUCACAAUCGUUACCCAAUUCAACACCAACGAUGGCACCGCCACAGGCAUUCUGACGUCAAUCACUAGGAAGUACUUGCAGAACGGUGUAUUGGUCGCUAGUGCUAAUUCUGGUGGUGACACUCUGACUACGGAGAUGUGCAAUUCUUUGGACAGCACUGCUGCUGCGUUUGGCAGCUUGGCAACUUCGGGUCAAGCCCUUGCUCGCGGAAUGGUUCUCACCUUUGCCAUCUGGAACGACGCUACAGGCUACAUGAACUGGCUUGACAGCGGCAACAACGGUCCCUGCGACGCUACAGAAGGCAAUCCAACACUCAUCGUCCAAAACAACCCUACCACACACGUCGUCUUUAGCAACAUCCGCUGGGGAGACAUCAAUUCCACAUUCUCCAGCGGCGGUGGCUCUGGCACGACUACCAUGUCGACGGCUGGAACCAUACUCACUACUUCAAAGGCAUCAACGGCUAGUGCUGGUCCUAAGACGACGACGACAACUACGAAGGUCACUACCACUUCAUCCGCUGCGACGCCUGCGCAGACGCACUUUGGCCGUGAGUAG